UAACAGUACAGAUAUAAAUCGGCGGUUCGUGUUUCCUAACUGGUGGAAAAAUUAUCGACUGGUACGGGGUUAGUAAAUGGUACGGAGCCAUUUCAAAGCCAUUUCGGACAGAAUUUGGCAAGAGGACACCCUUAACCUUCAAGACCAUUGCUCCAGGAUUUCCGAGAUGGAUGAUUCAGGAUGUGAUGUGGUGUUACAGCGGAAUGAAAUCAAUGGUAACUUUGCCAUUCCUCGCCAACUUUGCCAACCCUACGGUGAAGAUGAAGUGGAUUUCUCCAGGGUCAUGAUACCUCUGGGUGAGGAUGAAUCCGAUGGCUCUCCCUCAAAGACUUUGCCCUGCUCUAUCAUUGCCGACCUUGACAGGCUGGGGAAGGCCAAAAAUGACAAUGACGAUGAAGGCUAUCAUUCUCAGGAGUCAGAGAAGCACAGGUUUGUCAGUAUCCAAAGAGAUGAAGAAUCGGCUUUAAAUAACAAUAUCUGUCCCUCACUGGAUCCUAGCCUGUCAGGAGAUGCCACUGGAAAAGUACUAGGUGUAAGCAUGCCUCCAAAUUACAUUAUCAGAUCAAACCAGAGGAGGACUUCAUUUAGUCCAAAUGAAAAUGGAAGUUCCCAGCAGCUUGACAAUGAUGGAAGUCAUGUCGGUGUUCAGGUUAGAGCGAUUCCAUCAAGACUUUCUUUGGAGGACAGCAAAGCUAAAAACAUAAAUACUCCAUACUCGCCGCGGUCAGAUUCAGUACUGAACAACACUUCAGUAGAAUGUUUUAGAAAGGAUGCCUCUUCAGAAAAUGUGAAUGAAAAUUCCAAUCAGAGGACAUUAUCAGGCUUGAAAAGGAAGUGUGAGGAUGAAACCCCCAGGCCAUUGGAUGAGGCAGGUGUGUCGAUAUCCCCUAGGAAGAGGAAAGAAAGAGAUGAAGAUGAUGGUGGUGAGGAUGAUGGUAUGAUCUCUCCUAUGUCGGCUGAACCAGAUACCAAGAGGAUGAGAACAGCCGAUGCCAUCCCAAGACAACAUUCACAUGCUCCUUUGAUGAGACAACAGCCCAGAAUGCGGAACUCCUAUGACAUUCAAGGACAGGCUAACUGGGUUGUAGAGCAACCUCGAGACUGCACCUUUCAUAUUUACCAGCCCCAAGGCUCAUCAUCAGGAGGUCCUCCCAAGCAGCAUCCAGUGGAGUGGGCUGGGAUGAACAUCCAUCAGGUCCAGGAUGAAGAUCUGAAGGCAGCAUUUGAAGCAUCAUCCAAGGCCAUCUCAGUAGCCAUCAACUGGAAGAGGUUUGCCAGGAUGCUCCCUGUCUCCAGGAGCCCCUCCCUGGAGAAGGAGCUCAGCUCCCUGGAGUCAUGCAGUGGAUCCGCUCAGGAUAAAGCCAUGGCGGUGCUCCUUCGCUGGUGGAGGGAGGAGAAUGGAUGCCGAUGCGAUGACGACGUGAAGGACAGACUGAGGGAAGGUCUAGGGGAUUGUGGACUGAAACGGGUGGUCAAAUACCUGGAUCGCAUCUUUAAGAAAGGUAAUCUGUAGGCUGUGAUGAUUUGAAGGGAACUGAACACUGGACCUGGAGUCACUCACAAAAUGUACCUCUUCAAGCGAUGGAUUAAUGAAUGAUCGGUUGGUUGGUUCAUCAGGCGACCCUCUGUCCUGACCUCAACAGUGCCUCACCAUACAUGUACAUGUGCAUGGUGAUCUGCUGCAAGAACAUCUCCUUCAGAGAGGGAGCAUCCAUUGAAAUAUUUGAUUUGUCAAUUAAAUAACUCAUUUACAUAUAUAAAUAACUAAAUUAAGAGUUAAUUGAAUUAAUGUCAUAAAAUUCAAGUUGUUAAAAUGCUUUUAAAAACAGGGUAUUUUGCUGAAUUGUUUAGUUUGAUGCAAGUCAUAACAUUCGGUCCAAAUUCAUAUGUGUAUUGUACGAAUGCAAAUGAUCAUGAUUUCAUGACAAUGAAAUAGAUUUCAUAACCGUUAUACAUUAAUGCUGAAUAUUACAAUUUUGAGCAUGAGCAAGAUGCUUGUGAAAGCAUGAAACUGAGACACCACACCCUUCUUUAUUAAAUUAUAUUGUAUCUUAUAGUGAAUUCUCGUUCUCUUUUAAAAAGUUGAGAGUAAUUUUAAUGCAACAUCUUUUCUAAGAGAAAAGGAAUAAAAGGCAGCAUAUGUCGUUAAUGGUACUACCUAACAGAAGUAGGCAUAGGACUUGAAAAGCAGGGACACAAAUCCUCGCAUCAUUUCAGAAAAUGUCUUAUCUUUUUGUAGCUCUUUUCAUUUGUGAUUGACAACCAUUGUAGUUCUAUGUAUAGCUUAGUGAUAUCAGCCAGUUGUGUCUUCUUCAUGUUUUUUAACUUUGUAAAUUUUCGAGAGUAAUUUUACUGUGUACAUAUUUGAUCAACUGUAGAGUAAUGCCAAAGUAAGAAUCAUUUGAAAUGUACUUUUUUCUAUUAAUAUCAUAAUCAUGUACUAGAUCCAAAAGUAGUAUACUUCAAAUACAUUGCAAUUGACAAUUUGACAUACUCUUUUGAAAUAGCUUAUGCAUCAUUAAAAGGUACUGCUAACCUCAUAUGCAAAAAUUUGAAAAGGAUAACAGAUGUUAUUUACCAUAAUCAUUCAUUUUGUCUGAAACUUGGGUACGGUAUGUUAAUGUAACCUAAAAUAAAGUGUUAGUCAAAGCCAUAGAUCCUUAUCUGAUUAAUAUGCAGUAGUCAAAGAUAUAUGAUGGCAAGUUACAGACCAUCAUGUACAGAGAUAUUUUGCCUUUUAAAGUUUAAUACUUUCAUACUUCUUUGCGCCUUGAAACCCGAAAGGUUUGAAAAACGCUGGAAGUGUGCAUAUAAAGGACAAAUUCUCUGUCCUCAGAAUCAUAUGUUUACAAUCUAAUGUUUGAUGAGGAGUUUGGGAAGCUGCGUUGUUAGUAGUUUGUCUCCAAAUUGUAUGACCCUCCUUGCCCUCAGUUUGUAAUUACUGCGAAUGUCAUUUCUGAAAUGUUUUGUGCUGCUCAUCGUUUAUUUUGUAUAGAAUGUGAUUUAUACAAUCCAGUUCAUCUGCUUAUGGAUGAAUGUACAACUUGUCCCAGAUUUGAAACAAUCUUUUUUUUUCAUUUACAUCUAAUGGAGAUCGGUAAUUUAUUUUCUGCUGCAGUCUGCAUUGUGAUGUACACUGUAUGUGCUCAGAAAAAUCAUAGUAUUGUGUUUAAUAAGGUACAGCAUAUCUUUUUAAUUUAAAGCCUGGCUAGCGGUUUUUGCUAGGUUUGGUUAUUUCUUUCAGCUUUCAAAGUGGGAUAAAAGUCAAUUUAUCUUGGAAAGCCUUCUGUAUUCAAGUAAUUAUUAUCCCAUUUUCUAGAGCAAAACAGACAUCAUUUUUAUUUGCCAAACCGUUCAGCUGAUUGUCCACCUUUUAUCAUCAUUUUUAAAACUUUACACUGCCAUAUUGUGUUUGUAGUAUUACUUGUAUAUCCUUUUAUAUCAUUUUUAGCAUUAUUUUUUGUAUCAUUAUGUUAUUAUGUUUUACACAUAUUCAUUAGUAUUCAUUUGCUGUACAAAAUCAUUCUAUCACCUUGUUAGUGUUGAAAUAAGGUUCCUUUCUAGACGUUUUGUUUUGUGUAUUAAAGUAGGAAGACCAUUACAGAUAUUUGAAUCUUAUUCAUUUAAAUCAGAUUGUGGGUCUAAGAUCAUGUUUAACAAAGGAAAACACUUAAAGCUCAUCUGUAUUAGUUUGGCUAGUACUGUACUAGUCACUGACGGUGGCUAUCUCAUCAACUCAGCUCUCAAAUAACAUAAGAAAUGGGGGACCAUCAGGCACCGAUUGGGGAAGUCUUCUAUAUAGAGGGAGCAAGUAGCUACAAGUAGUACAGUGGGGCUUUAAGACCUCAUACCAACUUCCUUUGUUAAACCCGAUUCUUGAUAAAAGCUUAGGCCAAGCGUGAGCUAUCAGUUUAGGAGAAUACAGGCCAAAGAGUGCAGAGGACUCUUUUGUUUUUUUAAGAGGAAAUUUAAAAUUUGAUUUUUGAUGUGAAACUUGUUCUGACAUGCAGGAGAUCAAGGGCAUAGUAGAAGACAUUAAGUACAAAGAGGAUGUUAUUAUACCCCGACCCAUAAUAGGGAGAAUCUUCUCGAUGGCAAUCAGAUGAGAAAGGAAAUAAUGAACACUAGUUGACGUUAUCGAUUGGUGUUAAUGAGAAUUUGGUAGAUGUUGGUAGAUGUUAGGGUGCUGUCAUCAUGUAAAAUGAUUUAUUGUUUUAAUCACUGUUCUUUAGUUGAUGUGUGGAAGGAUACAAGAUGACUUUUCUGUCUGUCUCAUUAAGGCAUUAUUCCUAAUGGGGAAAAGAAUAGCUUAAUAUAAUGCAAGUACUUUUUAUAUUCUCAUUUGAAAGUAACGAGUCCUUUUUUGACCCCCCCCCCCCCCCCCUCAACCCUCAAAUCAUUGCAAUGUUUGUCUCUUCUCAGCACUGCAGGCUGGUCCUGGAUAGUGCCACUUUUCAAUCAGUACUACUUCUGUUAAAUUUUACCGUUUUACAUCAAUACAUUGUAUUUUUAAUGUGAAUAAAAUCGUCUCUCUCCUCUUCCAUGCAAAGGAGACAUAUUCCAGGGAAUUUCAUGGAUAGUUUGGUAAAUUUAGGACCACUCUCCAUCUUGAAACCUUUAUAAAUAUUGGCCCUACCCCCUUCAUCUUUUCCUCAUUUGAAUGCACACAAAAAGUACCCGGUAGGUCCGUAGUUGUUAAUUUAAUUGUGUUUUUAUAGGAUUAAGUCCUACUUACAAACCUUUGUUUAUUGAAGUUUUUAAGUAGGGCCUUCCAGCAGAAAAUAGAUGUAAUGCAUGUAGUACAUGUAUAUGCAAACCACCUUUGUCAUAUGCUUUUAGGGAAUUUUUUUUUAAAUGUAUGACAUUUGUUUUCACUAGUGCCAUUGGGUAUUUAGAUAAGUACUGAUUUUUAAAUUGUAAAUAUACUUUUGCAAGUACAAUGAGAAAUAUCUCCCAAGUAUACAUGUAUUGUACUGUGAACUUGAAAUGUUGUAUUAUAGGACUACUGAAACCAAAUGUAUUCUGUAUUUGAAUUGUUUGUGAAUACAAUUGUAAUAUAUAAA